CCUUGCUAACUACUCAGGUAGCUGGGAGAUCAACAGGCUCAGCGCAGUCUAGACUAGGGCCAUAUGAAUAUCGCAUAGAACUAGAUAUACCUGAGUGCUUAUUGCGGCUCCUUUGUGAAACAAGAUUUCUCUUUAAUUAGUAACUAUGUACGUUGACGAAUCAUUCUGAUAGGUAUAUGAGCUGACACUACAGCUAAUGCGAAACUGACUUUCUUCACCUAGUCAUAUCUUCACCUGGUCAUAAUGCUUUAUAUUGCUUGAAUAUCGAGUUGAGAGUUGAAAUACCUAUACCUAUAACAUAUGAGAUAACCUGAUGACAUAUCUGCUAGAAUCUUAAUGAAUGAAGAAUGUUGGCUAUUGUAAAUUAGAUUCUCAAUAGGGCUACGUAUCGUAGAACUCUUUAGUUAAUUAUGAAUGUUCACAUUCCACUUCUUUCCCGUGAAGUGAUGACUUUGGGGACAGCUGAGAUAUUACGAAAGGGCCAGCGUGAAACCCCUUGUUAGUGGCGUUCGAAAAUCGGUAGUAGGUACCUAUAUUCAUAGUUUUUCGUACUCACAAUCCUCACAGCCAACGGUAAAGUAUAUUAUUACUGCCCUAAGCCUCCUUGGAUGUACCCUAUAGGAUACGUAGAACUUUCUGCUGAGGAAUCAUAACCGUGGAGCUAGCCGGGCAUAUGCUCGUUCUCAAGUUGAAUUAUACCCUCGAGUACGUUUCGGUAAUAUUCUCCAAAUGCAGAAAUAUUCAGAUAUUUGAGCUGAUUAAGAGAUGAUUAUAUCUAAUCCAUUCAUAUCGGACGUGGCUGAGGGACUUGGCGAGGAUCGUAAUGACGGAUAUACCUGAUUCAGCAAUAGAGCUGCCGCCUCAGCCGUAGUUUAGACCUACAUGAUGUGGAUGCUGCACGUCGUCCUCGUAGUGCACCGUACGAAAACGGGGUACGGACAAGACGCAGGUAGUCAGCCAAGGUUGGGGAAUAUACGAAAAGCUAGCCCGGAUUGUAAAGCCUUAGCCAUGAUGUUAGAUUAUCUGUCUUGUCAGUUAAUUUAUUUUUGCAUGAUGGUAGGUGUCAAUUCGACCGGGGAAAAGAAGAUCAUGAGAAUCAGAUGUUUAUAUUUACUUGUAAGUGUGCGGCUUAUCCUAGAUGAUUGGACGGAUUGGACGAUGGGGUUUCUGUCAAAGAAAGAUAAUCUAGAUCGGAAGAGAGUUUAAGGAAUUGAUUGUCAUUUGAUGUAUAUAAAUAUGUAUAAAAAUAUACAUGAUACAGUAAUCUUUUCUUGUAAUGGUCAACUUUCUCAGG